CGAUUCAUCCCCCCCUCUCUCUCCUCCUCCUCCUCCUCCUCAAGACUUUCUCUCUCAUCGCCGUGAGAAUGGCUUCUACUUCCAAGCAAAAUCCAUCUUCUUCAAAACCCCCAAGGCACCCGUUCACCAUCGCCGCCUCAAUCCACACGAAAGCUUCUGUAUCAGAAGAAUCCCAAUUUCGAAACCCUAGCACAAGCCUCUCACCGAUUACAAUGUCACCGGAGGAUCAAAUCCUCGGAGCCUCCACCCACCUGACACGACCUGAGCUUCUCCGACGGCGAUCGCACAACCUGAAGCAGCUAGCUAAAUGCUACAGAGACCAUUACUGGGCCCUGAUGGAGGAUCUCAAGGCCCAACACAGAGAGUAUUACUGGAAGUACGGUGUUAGUCCUUUCAAAGAGGGGAAUCAUCAUCGCCAAAACAAGAGACGUAAGGUUGAUGAUGGGGAUGAAGUUGGUGCCGUUGAAGGUAGCGGAGACAACAGCAACAAUGGUGGCGUUAACUGUGUGGCUUGUGGUAAUGGGUGCAAGUCAAAGGCUAUGCCACUCACGAACUACUGUCCGCUUCAUAUCUUGUCGGAUAAAAAACAGAAGCUUUACACUUCUUGCACUUUCGUCAGUAAGAAAGCUCAGUCGAAAGCAAUAACGUGUCCAAAGCCAACACUCGCAUCGACCCUUCCCGCCUUGUGUAAUGCGCAUUUUCAGAAAGCGCAGAAGGAUGUAGCUAAGGCUUUGAAAGAUGCUGGCUAUAAUGCUUCUUCAACAAAUAGGCCUCCACCGAAACUCCAUGACAUAGUAGCUGCGUUUGUGCAUCAUAUUCAAGCAAAGAGAAAAGUUGUACGGAGAGAGGGGAAUCUAAAAAGCUUUGUCAAAGAAGAAAGUACGAGCUAAAUGGACAAGAGUUAAAAAGAGUUUGUUUCCACGAUUGUGCAAAAAUGGAAGGUGAGAUAAGUGGCUCCUAGUUUGUGGAUAGAGAUAGAUACUGCAAUCAAGUAUGCAUCAUCAUCAUGUAGAAAGCUGGUUUUGUAGUGCAAGUCUUUGGCUACACUGGAGAUGUUGUAGAUGUUUUUUUUUUCUUUGUUAAUCUUUAGCAAAGCAAUGUCUUGUGUUGUUCACUCUAUUUUUGCCGUUAAUGGAGUUCUUAAUUACAGUUU